AUGGAGGGGAUUACCGCCGCUGGUGGAGGUGGUAUUACAGUCACUGGUAGACGCAGCACGGGAGGAGAGAGAAGAGGCACUGGGGGUGGUAGGUCAGACCGUGGCGGAGGAGAGAAAACAGGUACUGGGGGUGGUAGGUCAGACAUUGGUGGAGGAGAAAGAAUUGGCAGUGGCGGUGGAAAUAUUGGAAGUGGAGGAGAGAGAAGUGGUACAGGCGGCGAAAGUAUAGGAAAUGGUGGAGGAGAGAGGGACAGUGGUGGUGGAAGUAUAGGAAGUGGUGGAGGAGAGAGAACCGGCACAGGUGGUGGAAGUAUGGGAAUUGGUGGAGGAGAGAGAACAGGCACAGGUGGCGGAGGUAUGGGAAUUGGUGGAGGAGAGAGAACUGGCACAGGUGGCGGAAGUAUGGGAAAUGGUGGUGGGGAGAGAAUGGGAAUUACUGGAGGCGAGAGAGCGGGAAUUGGAGGAGAGAGAAUAGGAUAUGGCGGUGGUGAUAGAACAGGAAUUAUUGGAGGAGAGAAAGGUGGAAUUGGUGGAGGAGAGAGAACUGGCGGUGAUUGUGGAAUUGGUGGAGGAGACAGAAUCGGGGGUGAUAAUGGAGUUGGGGGAGGAGAGAGAACCGGUGGUGGGGGAGAGGGAACAAGAGGUAGUGGGGGAGAGGGAACAAGAGGUGGUGGUGGAGAGAAUACAAGGGAUGGUGGAGAAGGGACCACAGCUGGAGGCGGUGGUGAUGGUGGCACAACAGGAGGUGGUGGAGAGAAUACAAGGGGUGGUGGAGAGGGGACCACAGCUGGAGGCGGUGGUGAUGGUGGCACAACAGGAGGGGGUGGAGAGAAUACAAGGGGUGGUGGAGAUUGGACCACAGCUGGAGGUGGUGGUGAUGGUGGCACAACAGGAGGUGGUGGGGAUGGUGGUACAACAGUGGGUGGUGGUGGAGAAGGAGAGACCAGUGGCGGAGGAGAAGACACCACUGGUGGCGGCGGUGACGGAAAAACUGGUGGUGGUGGUGAAGAGAUGACUGGUCGUGGCGGCGGCGACGAAGGUGUGAUUGGCGGUGGUGAAGGGACGGCUGGCAGUGGUGGCGGCGGUGACGGAAAAACUGGUGGUGGUGGUGAAGAGAUGACUGGUCGUGGCGGCGGCGACGAAGGUGUGAUUGGCGGUGGUGAAGGGACGGCUGGCAGUGGUGGCGGCGGCGAAGGUGUGAUCGGCGGUGGUGGUGAAGGGACGACUGGAGGCGGCGACGGUAGGAUGAGCGGGGGAGGUGGCGAUGCGACAAGCGGCGGUGGGGGCGGCGACGUGGCGGUCGAUGAUGGUUGUGAUGGGGGCGGCGAAGCAACAAGUGGCGGAGGGGGGGAAGUUUUGAUGGGUGGAGCAGGGGAUGGAGCGAGAGGUGGCAAAAUGAUGGGUGGUGGAGGAAGAAUGGGUGUUGGUGUUGGGUUAUGGGGUGGUGGACGGUGUGGUGAUGGUGGUGUGUGA